CCCCGAAACAGCAUGAGAGCUCCAAGAGCAUGCCUGCAAUGCCGGUCCUCCAAGCGCAAGUGCACUCGUCUGGGACCAGGUGAGCCCUGUAGCGCAUGUCAGCAACGACGAGUCAUAUGUAGUGCUGAGUUACGAAGGCCAAACCCGGUGGGAGUGAACAGUGAGCCGAACCCCGAGCCGGCGGUCCUCAGCGACGAACAGCAACAGAGCAAUGAGCCUGUCCGGCAUCAUCCCACAAUCUUGGAACCUAUUCAGAUCUCCUGGGAGACCACUGUGGAGCUGGUGGACCUGUACCUCGCCAAGAUCCACGAUCGACCGCAUAGCAUCUUCCACCCGGCAACGUUGCGGGCUCAGGUGCGCAGUGGCACCGUGGGAAAGGCCUUGCUGUACGCCGUCUGCGCCCUCGGGGUCAAGUUCUCCUCCAGCACGGACCGGCGCGACUUAGAAGCGCGGUUGACUGUGGAGGCCAAGCGGCUGCUCCAAGCCGACAUCGAGAAUGUCUGUCUUGAGAACGUGCAGACUUGCAUCCUGAUCGCUACCCUGAGUGCAGGAAAUUGUGAACCAUCUUCGGAGGCGCUCUUUAUUCGAAUCGCCACCUCAAUGACCGAGAUCAUGUCACUCGACUUCUCCCCGGCGAUGAACAAAUCCAUGAUCACGCGCGAAACCGCCCGCAGAGUCUGGUGCUCGCUCUACGUGGCGGAUCGUUGGUGUGCGUCUGGGCUCGGUCUCCCCCGUCACAUGGACGAUUUCAGCAAGCCCUACGGGCUGCCUAUAGACGAGAUCACCUUCCAAUCUCUGCCUCCCGACACGAGCAACCAUCUAGAAGCGCCGCCGUCGCCGACAGAACACACACCUCCUAUCUGGAAACUCGGCCUUUGGGCGCACAUGGUAGCGCUGGCGCGGUACUUCGGCCCGAUCCAGGACCUUAACCGUCAGGUCGCCCGCGGCUACACUGACACCGUCGAACUGGACCAAGAGGUCCAAGACAUAGGGGAACAGCUCGAAGCCUGGAGCAGGAUGCUCCCCAUUAACACGCAGAUGACGGUGCCCAAUCUACACAGCCACCAGAAGUCCGGACAGGGGGGACUCUUCAUUGCUCUGCACCUGACGUAUCACCACUACUCCACACUGUUGUACUAUCGUUUCCUCGAACACGACCAAACUCAUAUUCAGAGCCACCACCGCAAGCAAGCCCCUCCAUCAAAGCCAUCCCGUAGGUUCCGCACCUACAUCCGCCGCUGCAAGCACCACGCCUCCUCCUUCAGCAACCUUCUCGACCUCGCCCGGCAAAUCAAGGGCUGCGAAAUAAACUACCCGACCAUCGGCCACAUGACCACCGUCUCCUCCUCCGUCCUCCUUCACACUCUCCUCUUUGGCAACCCGACGGAACUCGAGGGUGCGCGCGCCGCGCUGAAUGCCAACUUCGAGGUCCUGAUCGAGCAUCAGCAAUUCUGGCCAAACACGAAAGCGAUGAUCAAUAGACUAAUGACCUUCCAGAACAUCUGCCUCCUCUCCACGGAAUCCCACCGAUUCGACGGCUGGAUGGUCAAGUGCCUCCUCGAGCACUCCCGCCCGCUGGGCGAGCGCGAGCUGCCGUGCGUCCCGGCCGAUGUGUUGGUAGACGUGGAGUCCGAGAAUAUGGCGCUCAAGGCGAGGGAGUGGGUGGAGCAGGGUAGGUACAUGGACUUGAGCCUUCUGCAGUAGCAAGCCGGUAGUGCUUUAGCUGCGGUGCGUGCAGGAAGUUCUUAUCUUUUCUUUUCUUCUUUGGGGGGGUAGGAAAGGGAACUUGGUGAUCUCGAAUUGAGUGCAGGAACUGAAUGUGCUCCUUCCGAAGCACCAAAUUCUUCCUCGAUGCUGGACAGUAUGUGAUAUCACGUGUUGUACUACACGUACCGAUAUAACACCUAGCUUUUUCACUUGCUGCUACUGCUAACAGAUAUAGACCAGUUUCCAGACGGCAGUGGUUCUGGUGCUAGAACCUUCGAUAUCACCAAGCUACGCGCUAAACAAGGAUUGAAGCUGUAUAUAGCUUUGACCUUUUUCUCGAUUCCCAAAGUAUUUGGUAUUCUUUCGACUACCCGGUCACUUCUCC